AUGAACGGCAUGUCGCGGUUCCUCAGCCGGCGCGACAAACAUCAUGAAAAGCGCGCGUCCAAGCACGCCAGUACCAAAGUACGCCUGAGCUCUUUCGCCUCCGUCAACUCUCUCAGUCCUCUGCUGUGUUCUGCCGUCGCUACGGUGCCCCAAGACCCUCCCAGCUGCCAACAGCGGUUGUCUGCAGGCAUCGAGACGCUGUAUCAUAAACUCCCAUUUGUAUUGCGAACGUCGGUAGAGGACAGUCUUCUAUUUCUACACCAAAAGCUGCCGUGUUGCGCUUCUUCUCUUACCCCUAGCGUCGACCAAACCUCAACAUCGCAUUCUUCUGACUAUGUACUUCUGCAGUCUAAAUCCUCCAAUGCUUCACCCGAUCUCUACAAGAUAUUCACAAGCGAAGGUCCAAGACCGCCAGCGAACAAUGAGGCCGAGAAGAAGGUCAAGAUGCUCCUUUCGCGCUUACAAGGCGUUGGUAUAACGAGCAUGGGAGAGGAACAGGCCGAACAUGCUCUCGCCUGGCAUCCCAACGACAUCGACAAAGCCUACGAACUUCUAGUGCUUGCCAACGAGUCACUCGAAGGUGAACUGAAGGAUUACAGUCCAGAUGUAACCAUGUUGGGUGCCAUAAACCGGAACAUGGUGACAUGUUACCUCGACGCAUUGUUGUUCGCCAUGUUCGCUCGUCUCGAUAGCUUUGAAGCUAUGUUAUACGACAACUUUGAAGAUGAGCCAAGGAAGAAGUUGGCGGCUGUCUUGCGCCUAUGGGUCAACCUCCUGAGAAGUGGCCAGCUCAUCAAGGUCGAUUUGACGAAGCAUCUUCAAGACUCCCUCGCUAAGUGCGGAUGGGAGGACGCUGCACAGGUUCGCCAACAAGACGCUUCGGAAGCUUUCACUUUCAUUACUGGUGCGCUCGAGCUGCCGCUACUCACCCUCAAGAUGGACAUCUACCACACUGGACGUGAAGACAAAGAGGAUGACCACAAGUUUGUCAACGAGCGGCUACUCGAAGUCGCCAUACCAGAACAAGAGGGCGAUCAUGUUGUUACAUUGGAAGAUUGCCUGGAAACCUACUUUAACAACAGAAUCGAGGUCAAGCGCUACCUGCAACGACAGAAUACGAUAGCUUCGAUGAAGUCCACAGACGACGAAUUCGUAGACAAGGACCCCGAGAAGAAUGAGACCAUCCAUAUUGAGACCAUGGAGAUGGAAGGCUCAAUGACCCCCAUCGUCUCGACGCCAAUGACUUUCGAGCCCACCACACCAGUGACUCCAGUGCGGCCCCAUCUAGAGGGUCGCCGCCGUGCUGAUAGUAUCUUCAGCCAGCGAUAUACACGCCAGUCACAAGAUACGAGCAAGUUUGACGAAAAGAAGCAUGUGGAAGACAUGCUGGACAACAGCUCUGGUGGCCGACCACGAUCAGCUUCUCUGCUUAAGAAGGAGAUUCUAAUGCCAGCUUGGCAGUUCUUCAGUCUCAUACCCUGGUAUACUGAUAAUGUUCCAAAGACGGACGCUCAGGUUGCUGCACACUUCUCAGUUAAGCGUCCGGUGCUCGGCAUAUGCCUGAAAAGAUACACGAUGACGCCGAAUGGCGCUCCGAAACGCCUCAACACCUACAUCGACAUCCCGCUCGACAUUGGGUUGCCUCACUUCAUCUCCGAUGAGAGGAUGAAAGAGGAGGGUCCACUGUUUGGCAAUUUCAAGCUCGUUCUCCAGUCUGUCGUAUGCCAUCGAGGUGUGUCGGUCGAUUCUGGGCAUUAUAUCGCGCUUGUCCGUGCCAACGCUCGCGAACGUCCAGGCACCGCGCAAUCGGAUUCUGAGCAAGAGCAGGAAAAGUGGAUACGCUUUGAUGAUCUUUCAUCUCAACGAGUGACUGAAGUCGACAUCAAGACAGCUUUGCGAGAAGAGUCACCAUAUCUGCUCUUCUACCAGGUACAACCCAUUGACGAAGAACUUGCUUCCCGAGGAGAUCCUCCAACCUAUGCAGAAGCGCAGUCCCGAGUUCCUUCGGUAGAUCCUUCACAAGAAACGCUGUCUUCCCCGCCUUCUACGACAGCAACAGAUGCCGAAGCUGGUGGAAACAGUGAAAAUGUCAACACGACAGAUACGCGUACCGAAUCCAAUUCCACAGAUGAACCGGCUAGUCGAACUAGUAUGUCUAGCAAUCGCCGUAGCAGUACUGUGAUCGAAGACGGCGAAGGCAGCUUACGCGGCCGAACCGAACCGCUAACGCCGGAGGAUCAGAAGAGCAGCUUCUUGUCUGUGUCUCGGCGCGGCUCUCGGAUAUGGCUGUCCGGGAACAACAGAAGCCGGCCAGGUAGUCCAAGCGGCGAGACUCGUCUGUCUCUUACUCUAUCGAGGCUAACGGGACGCGGUAGCAAGGACAAGCUGGUUACGACCGAAGCUGGCACCAGCGACGAGCCUACAAUUGUGAUUGACAAAGUGAAGAGCGCAGAGAAUGAUCAGCAGGACCACUCUCCAGCCAAAGAGAAGAAAGAAUCCGGUCUCGGGCGCAGCAAGAGCAAGAAGGAGAAAAAGGAUAGACGGAGAAGUAAGAGCAGAGAGCCUGGUGCAGUUCCAGAGAAAGGCAAGCACAAGGACAGACCGGAUCGCGAAUGCCUGGUGAUGUGA